AUGAGGCUCCUGCUUCAGCUAUGGGCCUUAAGCUGGCUCGUCAUUCCCGCCCUCACUCAAGAGCCGCAGACACCUCUUUUCUCAACAAGUCGCUGGAUCACGGACUCCGCCAACAAACGCGUCAAGCUUCGCUGCAUCAACUGGGCGGGCCACAUGGAGGUCAACCUUCCAGAGGGCCUACACAAGCAGUCUAUCGACUACCUGGCUGAUUGGAUAAAGCAAGAGGGUUUCAACUGCGUCCGUCUCACAUUCUCAACUGAUCACGCCUUGAACCCGGAUGUCGGGGUCCGGGAUUCCUUCACGAAUGGUGCCAAGGCAGCAGGCGUCGCGGAGGCAGACCUUCUGAAGCUCUACGACCAGGCGGUUCAAAAGAACCCCUUCCUUGCUGAAUUGAACAUCACGCAGCGUGAUGUGUUUGCACGCGUCAUUGACGUCCUCUGGGAGCGAGACAUCAUGACAAUCCUCGACAACCACGUCAGCAAAGCAAGCUGGUGCUGUAACCUCGACGACGGAAACGGGUGGUGGAAGGACGCCAGGUUCUACUGGGCCGCCAACAGUCGCUACUUUGAUACGGACGAGUGGCUCGCGGGACUGCAGCAAGUAUCGAUGUGGGCUUCCACGAGACCGGGCGUCAUCGCCAUAUCGAUUCGCAACGAGCUCCGCGCGACAUGGACCCAGAUCCCCUUUGCCGCCGACCAGUGGUACGGUUACGUGACCCGCGGGGCCAAGGCGGUUCAUGAGGCGAAUGCGAACGUGCUCGUCAUCAUCGGCGGCCUCAACUCGGCCACCGAUUUCUCACCCCUGCAUACAAAGACGCUAGACACGUCGGCCUGGAAGGGGAAGAACGUUUGGGAGGCGCACAGCUACAGCUUCACCGUCACGACGCCCAGCUUUGGAGACUGCAAUGUCGAGCGCACAGAGUACGGCGCCCUGUUUGGGUUUGUGCUGGAGCAGGGUGAAGGCUACACCGGCCCGUUGUUCUUGUCCGAGUUUGGCGUGGGCAUGAGUGGCGGCCCAGAGGACGGUUUAUCGGCCGAGGACCACGCCUAUUUGACCUGCCUUGUUGGGUAUCUGGAGGGGAACGAUGCGGACUGGGCACUGUGGGCGAUUCAGGGGACAUACUAUGUGCGGAACAAAGUCGUCGAUUUCAACGAGACGUGGGGGGCGCUGGACAGUGACUGGAAGGGAUGGAGAAACCCACUAGUCAAAGGCUUGUUGGGCAAUAUCUUUUCCGUGACACAGGGCCCGUAG